AUGAAAAGGUCGUUUGUGAGUGUAUUGUUUGUAUUAUUAAGUGCGGGCGGUGUACUUUCAACGCCCCUCUCUGUAAAACUAGACCUCAACGUCAGAGACGAAGAGCAUUUUAAAAUAGAAAGUGCGCAGUUAGAUAACGUUUAUUAUACACAUUAUACCCCGAAAUGGGAUCAGUUUGUUUCAAGGGUGUACCAAUCAAAUGUAAAAAUAUGGGAAUCGAGUGGAUACGCUCGCUUAGUCUACGCCCUGACGGCCCAUGGCAAAAACGCCCCUAGUCUCUUAUACAUUAAAGUAGACAAGGGCUACUCAGCGGAGUACAAGUACUAUAAGAACCAAUCGAGCCGAUGGGUAGAGAUAGACCUCUGCGAGUACGAAAAAUCAGUAGCCGAGCUGGCAAGGGCCGUGAAGCUGGAAGAGAUGUUUACACUAAAUGUGUUCCAGCCAGUAAACGACAAGUACUACACAAUCCAAUUCUCCACAAAGGAGAGGCCGUACACGUACAUAACGCCCAGGGUGGGCUACGUGGCCAGAUCUGUAAAAUACCUAAAGGAGACCCUGUGGAAGGCGCAGAAGUACGGCGACAGGUGCGUGGCAGUGUGGGCCUACCUGAACAACGCCACGUACUACAUGGUUAGACUGCUGGUGACUAGACAUAACGACGAGUCUGAAAUACUCACAUUUGUCCUAAAAAACCAGGGGUGGGAGAUGGUGGACCUGAUGGACAAGACACACACGAACAAGUACGCCCAGAAGCCAGAGAACUUCAUAUACCCGAACUACAAGUUCAGCUUCGCAGGCUCCACCCCAGAAGCUCUGGAAGAGGAUAAUCCGGAAGAAUCUGCCCUGGACGUGCCCAGAGAGUCAUACUUCGACGUGACCGGAGACUACUACAAGUUUAACGUUCAGGACGGAGAUGACGCGGAAGAGGGCGAAGCGCCUGUGUCUGAGAGGGUGAACUCUAAAGAAGUCGACAAGAGGGAGCUGGCCACUGAAAUCAGCGAGACGGAAGUGCUGCACCUGUCGGACCCGACCACGAGAAGAGUACGGGUUGACCUGAGACACGUGGACAACGUACUAUAUAAAAUAUACAGGAUCGGGAGGUUUAACGCCCCAGCGAAAGUGGUGGACACCUCUGGCACGGUGUGGGCAGCAAGAACGAAGGCCGAAAGGUGUGUGUACCUGAUGUCAGCACAGAGCCACGGCAGCGCUUACGCACUGUACAUGGUGAUAGAGGUGGGAGGAGAGAUGACGUCAGCCUAUUUCCUGAGAGUCAAGGAAAAGUGGGUUAAAACAAACCUGGAGCAUUACAAGCAGGUAGUAGAGCACCUCAAGAAGAACGCGAGAAAGACGAAGAUGGCAAUAGACAUCGCAAACAAGGUCCAAAACGUAAACGCCACGGUAGUGUACAACAAUGAGAAGUCGCCUAACUAUAUGUUCCUGCCGAGGAAAGGGUACGAGUGUAUCCGAGUGGAGAACAAUAAAGAGACGAUAUGGCAAGCAGUGGGAGAAGAGAGGUGUGUAGCACUGUGGUCCUACGAAUGCUUCGGAAAACCGUACUACGUGAGGAUGGUGACAACAGACGCGUACGGAAUGUCGGAUCUGAUCUCGCUCCUUAACGCAGACGGAAAGUGGGAGUUGCUGACGUCAUACAACGUGGCGGCAGUCAACCACCUGAGGAUAACAGGACCCUCGAACUUCUUUAACCCGGAGUACGAUUUUAACAGACUGCCAGAGUACGGAGCAAGGCCGCUGGCAGACAUCAUAAAAGAAACGACCUCUGGCGCAGAGGAAAGAAAAUCAGUAGAAAGAAAGAGUGAAUGUAGUUUUAAGGGAGUAAAAGAUAGGUUGAAAAAGAUUGAAUCAGAAGAUUCAGUAACCUAUGCAGUUACGACAGUAAAGGAAGAAGAAAACACGGAAACGAGAGUAGAGGCGGUAGCAGAGGCAAAGGAAACAACAGUGGGAAAUAAAAAGGAGUUGACACUGCCAGGAUAUAGACCAGCCUUGAGAACAUUUGACCCGAAUAGGCUACUGACCAUAGAUCUGGCGCCAGAAGGGACUAAAAUAACGGACAGAAUAUACUCAGUAUUCGAUAAUAAAAUUAAGCUCGUCGGGUACCACGCGCCGCCAGGAUACUACUUCGACCUGGUAACACACGGGACCACACAGCUGUUCUGGGGAACAGUGGACACGACGCUAUGCUACGCAGUGAACCUGUACCUGAAGGGAGAGCACUACUACCUGUGCGACCUGCUCCUGAGAAACAGAGAACACGACAUGACAGUGUACUUCAGGCUCGAGGACUACGUGUGGGUGGCAGUUCCUAAGAAGGAAUACAUGCUCUCGCUCGAAGAGCUGAGCUCAACAAAAGCACCCUAG